GUUGGACGUCACCACUAAUUCGUUUCAGCGGUGAUAGGAUAAAGCAGGGACAUUAAGAAAUAAAUUCCCCCUCACGACCCUCGCUGAGCUCGCUGCGCGGUCCCUGCAUAUUGAUGCAGCCGCGGGGUGUGCGGGCGACCACUUAGCACAGCGGCUGCUCCGAAGGGCAGCUGCGGCCGGGGUGAGCUGGGUUGCGCGCGGGGACGCUGGCAGCCUCCAGUCCUGAACUUGGCUGGGCUAGGGCGGAGCGAGGCGGGAGCUAGGGACCGGGAGGGGGCGGGGAGCGCUCGCUCUGGAAGCUCCUACCCCGAGGCGCUGCUGAAGCCUGGAGCAUCCUGCCCCGGAGCGAGGCUCUGAAUCUGCGCGCUUGACAGCCGCGGGAGAAGGAGGCGCGGGAGACAGGGUGAUCGGCGAGAUCCACAGCCCUGGAACUGCGCGGGCUCCAGCGGCAGAUCCAGGAACCCCUACAUCACAUCUGCAGUUGACAAGCUGGUGACCAAGAUGCCCAGAGACUAGUCCCCAUGCUUGUGUGUCACUUUAGACGCGGCCAUAAGACGCAGCAAGCCCCCAGUCCUCCUGACCUGUUGCUUGGGGACACAGCCCUUCACCGCUCCUGACGUCUGCCUGGUCGACAUUGGCUUCCUUAGAGAACAAGGAAGGAGGUGGGGACACAUGAAAUCAUGCCACCCAAGGCUGAAUGGCAAUGAGCCGGUGACGCCAAGUUGACGUCAAAGACAGAGGCGACUGAAAUUCUGUAACCAGCUCCUUUUUCCGGAGUAGCUCAGGUCUCCUGCAAGAGUCAUCUUAGCCUGGAGGUCUUCCAAAGGACACAGACACCAUGGAAGAACACACAUUUGGGGUUCAGCAGAUCCAACCCAAUGUCAUUUCUGUCCGUCUCUUCAAACGCAAAGUCGGGGGUCUGGGCUUCCUGGUGAAGGAACGGGUCAGCAAGCCACCCGUGAUCAUCUCAGAUCUGAUUCGAGGAGGUGCCGCGGAGCAGAGCGGCCUUAUCCAAGCCGGAGACAUCAUUCUCGCCGUCAAUGGCCGGCCCCUGGUGGACCUUAGCUAUGACAGCGCCCUGGAGGUACUCAGAGGCAUUGCCUCUGAGACCCAUGUGGUCCUCAUUCUGAGGGGCCCUGAGGGCUUCACUACACACCUGGAGACCACCUUCACGGGGGAUGGAACCCCCAAGACCAUCCGGGUGACCCAGCCCCUGGGUCCCCCCACCAAAGCCGUCGAUCUGUCCCACCAACCGUCAGCCAGCAAAGACCAGCCAUUAGCAGUAGGCAGGGUCGCAGGUCCGGGUAAUGGGCCUCAGCAUGCCCAAGGCAAUGGACAGGAAGCUGGCUCAGUCUCCCAAGCUAAUGGCCUGGCCAUUGACCCUACAAUGAAAAGUACCAAGGCCAGUCUCCAGGACAGUGGAGAUCAUGAUGAACUGCUCAAAGAGAUAGAGCCUGUGCUGAGCCUCCUCAAUAGCGGAGGCAAAGCAGUCAGCAGAGGGGGACCAGCCAAAGCAGAGACGAAAGACACAGGAGUCCAGGUGGACAGAGACCUGGAUGGCAAGGCGCCCAAAGCCCUGCCCCUGGGCGGUGACAAUGACCGAGUCUUCAAUGACCUGUGGGGGAAGGGCAACGUCCCCGUGGUCCUCAACAAUCCGUAUUCAGAGAAGGAGCAGCCCCCUGCCUCAGGGAAACAGUCGCCUACCAAGAAUGGCAGUCCUUCCAGGUGCCCCCGCUUCCUCAAGGUCAAGAACUGGGAGACAGACGUGGUCCUCACUGACACUCUGCACCUCAAGAGUACAUUGGAAACGGGGUGCACAGAGCACAUCUGCAUGGGCUCUAUCAUGCUGCCAUCCCAGCACACUCGGAAGCCAGAAGACGUCCACACCAAGGACCAGCUCUUCCCACUAGCCAAAGAAUUUCUCGACCAAUACUACUCAUCCAUUAAAAGGUUUGGCUCCAAGGCCCACAUGGACAGGCUGGAGGAGGUGAAUAAGGAGAUCGAAAGCACCAGCACCUACCAGCUCAAGGACACCGAGCUCAUCUACGGCGCCAAGCACGCUUGGCGGAAUGCUGCUCGAUGUGUGGGCAGGAUCCAGUGGUCCAAGCUGCAGGUAUUUGAUGCCAGAGACUGCACCACAGCCCACGGCAUGUUCAACUACAUCUGCAACCACGUGAAGUACGCCACCAACAAAGGGAACCUCAGGUCGGCCAUCACUAUCUUCCCUCAGAGGACCGACGGUAAGCAUGAUUUCCGAGUGUGGAACUCACAGCUCAUCCGCUACGCCGGUUACAAGCAGCCGGAUGGCUCCACCUUGGGGGACCCCGCCAAUGUGCAAUUUACAGAGAUCUGCAUACAGCAGGGCUGGAAAGCCCCGAGAGGCCGCUUCGACGUCCUGCCGCUCCUGCUCCAGGCCAACGGCAACGACCCUGAGCUCUUCCAGAUCCCCCCAGAGCUGGUGCUGGAAGUGCCCAUCAGGCACCCCAAGUUUGACUGGUUUAAAGACCUGGGCCUCAAAUGGUACGGCCUUCCUGCUGUGUCCAACAUGCUGCUCGAGAUUGGCGGCCUGGAGUUCAGCGCCUGUCCCUUCAGCGGCUGGUACAUGGGCACAGAGAUCGGCGUCCGUGACUACUGUGACAACUCUCGAUACAACAUCCUGGAGGAAGUAGCCAAGAAGAUGGACUUGGACACCAGGAAGACGUCCUCACUGUGGAAGGACCAGGCGCUGGUGGAGAUCAACAUUGCUGUUCUGUACAGCUUCCAGAGUGACAAGGUGACCAUCGUUGACCACCACUCUGCCACGGAGUCCUUCAUCAAACACAUGGAAAAUGAAUACCGCUGCAGAGGGGGCUGCCCCGCCGACUGGGUGUGGAUUGUGCCCCCCAUGUCCGGCAGCAUCACCCCUGUCUUCCACCAGGAGAUGCUCAACUAUCGACUCACCCCAUCCUUCGAAUACCAGCCUGACCCAUGGAACACCCAUGUGUGGAAGGGCACCAACGGGACCCCCACGAAGCGGCGAGCGAUUGGCUUCAAGAAAUUGGCAGAAGCCGUCAAGUUCUCAGCCAAGCUGAUGGGGCAAGCCAUGGCCAAGAGGGUCAAAGCAACCAUUCUCUAUGCCACGGAGACAGGCAAAUCACAAGCCUACGCCAAGACCCUGUGCGAGAUCUUCAAGCACGCCUUUGAUGCCAAGGCAAUGUCCAUGGAGGAGUAUGACAUUGUGCACCUGGAGCACGAAGCCCUGGUCUUGGUGGUCACCAGCACCUUUGGCAAUGGAGACCCCCCUGAGAACGGGGAGAAAUUUGGCUGUGCUUUGAUGGAGAUGAGGCACCCGAACUCUGUGCAGGAGGAAAGGAAGUACCCGGAACCCUUGCGUUUCUUUCCCCGUAAAGGGCCUUCCCUCUCCCAGGCUGACUCUGGAGCCCACAGUCUGGUUGCUGUCCGUGACAGCCAGCGCAGGAGCUACAAGGUCCGAUUCAACAGCGUCUCCUCCUACUCUGACUCCCGCAAGUCAUCAGGCGACGGACCCGACCUCAGGGACAACUUUGAAAGUACUGGACCCCUGGCCAACGUGAGGUUCUCAGUAUUCGGCCUGGGCUCUCGGGCGUACCCCCACUUCUGCGCCUUCGGGCACGCAGUGGACACCCUCCUGGAGGAGCUGGGAGGGGAGAGGAUUCUGAAGAUGAGGGAGGGGGAUGAGCUCUGCGGGCAGGAAGAGGCCUUCAGGACCUGGGCCAAGAAGGUCUUCAAGGCAGCCUGUGAUGUGUUCUGCGUCGGGGAUGACGUCAACAUCGAGAAGGCGAACAAUUCCCUCAUCAGCAAUGACCGCAGCUGGAAGAGGAACAAGUUCCGCCUCACCUACGUGGCUGAGGCUCCAGAGCUGACACAAGGUCUUUCCAACGUCCACAAAAAGCGAGUCUCGGCCGCUCGGUUCCUCAGCCGUCAAAACCUGCAGAGCCCUAAAUCCAGCCGAUCAACCAUCUUCGUGCGUCUCCACACCAAUGGGAAUCAGGAGCUGCAGUACCAGCCAGGGGACCACCUAGGUGUCUUCCCUGGCAACCACGAGGACCUCGUGAAUGCACUCAUUGAGCGCCUGGAGGAUGCACCACCUGCCAAUCACAUGGUGAAGGUGGAGAUGCUGGAGGAGAGGAACACCGCUCUGGGUGUCAUCAGUAACUGGAAGGAUGAGCCUCGCCUCCCACCCUGCACCAUCUUCCAGGCCUUUAAGUACUACCUGGAUAUCACCACGCCGCCCACGCCCCUGCAGCUGCAGCAGUUCGCCUCCCUGGCCACCAGCGAGAAAGAGAAGCAGCAGCUGCUGGUCCUCAGCAAGGGGCUGCAGGAAUACGAGGAGUGGAAAUGGGGUAAGAACCCCACUAUGGUGGAGGUGCUGGAGGAGUUCCCGUCCAUCCAGAUGCCGGCCACACUUCUCCUCACCCAGCUCUCGCUGCUGCAGCCUCGUUACUAUUCCAUCAGCUCCUCUCCGGACAUGUACCCCGACGAGGUGCACCUCACCGUGGCCAUUGUCUCCUACCACACCCGAGAUGGGGAAGGACCAAUUCACCAUGGCGUGUGCUCCUCCUGGCUCAACCGGAUACAGGCUGAUGAUGUGGUCCCCUGCUUCGUGAGAGGUGCCCCCAGCUUCCACCUGCCUCGAAACCCCCAGGUCCCUUGCAUCCUGGUUGGCCCAGGCACUGGCAUCGCGCCCUUCCGAAGCUUCUGGCAACAGCGACAAUUUGACAUCCAACACAAAGGAAUGAAUCCCUGCCCCAUGGUCCUGGUCUUCGGGUGCCGACAAUCCAAAAUAGAUCAUAUCUACAGAGAAGAGACCCUGCAGGCCAAGAACAAGGGUGUCUUCAGGGAGCUGUAUACCGCCUACUCCCGGGAACCUGACAGGCCAAAGAAAUAUGUCCAGGACGUGCUGCAGGAGCAGCUAGCCGAGUCUGUCUACCGCGCCCUGAAGGAGCAAGGAGGCCACAUUUACGUCUGUGGGGAUGUCACCAUGGCCGCCGAUGUCCUCAAAGCCAUCCAGCGCAUCAUGACCCAGCAGGGGAAGUUGUCAGAGGAGGAUGCUGGUGUGUUCCUCAGCAGACUGAGGGAUGACAACCGGUACCACGAGGACAUCUUCGGAGUCACCCUGAGAACAUACGAAGUGACCAACCGCCUUAGAUCUGAGUCCAUUGCCUUCAUUGAAGAGAGCAAAAAAGAUAAUGAUGAGGUUUUCAGCUCCUAACUGGAUCCUCCUGCCCCAUGGGAUGGUGGGGUGGCCGCCCCAAGUGCCCAAGCGAGGGGGCGGCCGCAGGUUGACUAAACGCGGACACACAUGGCUGAACCUUCCCCCCCCCCACAGGACCCCAAGUGGCCCCUCCCUGCCUUUUGUCCUGUUGCUACGUCCUGGUCCUUCUUCCCGCUCCGGGCUGGGCUCUCUCUCCAGCCCCCCAACCCUGGGUUUUCUCCUUGACUCUUGAGCUGCGGCGCAUCGCCCUUGUACCCCGGCUCUGACAAAACUGCAUCCUCCCUACCUGCUUGCUGCCGAGGGCAGGUUGCGGCGCAUGAAACCACCGGGGCGUGGUCGCCACUUUCUGUUGGGGUCUGGAGGCAACUGGCACUGGGCUUCAGAGUCCCCCUGAGCCAGUCCCUUGACCCCUCCGUCCUUUUUUUUAUGGUGUGUGUGUGCGUGCGUGCGCGCGUCCGAGCGUGCACGCGAGCGUCAGGCCUAAGUCACCUCUAUCCUCUUGCCCGAGUCCACUGCCUUCGUGAAAGAUGUCCAGUGCCAUGAGACGUGUUCCUAGCUAUUGUUAAUCCCUCCCACGUCCGUCAGAUCUGUGCCAGCCUCUCUGAAACGCAUCAAGCCCCCUUGCUCAUCUGGGUGAACCCAUCAUAGAAGGAGAUAGGCAGAGUGAUGGAGAGGAAGGUGUCCCGGUGAAGAAGCCAAUCACAGAGUCCGAGGUGUUCCGGAGAGUCUGACCCCAUCCAUGAGCAGAGGUCUGUCUGCGAAAUUUACCCGGACAGUGGAUUGCGCAAGCGCCUCCCCAUUCCCACCCACCCCAGCUGGGGCCACCAGAUGUUGAGCUUACCCCCACCCCCAGGCAAACGCAGCCAUGGGCCCAGGGGCCAAGGUGUUGUGCAGUGAAGCAUGCUGGGAGUAAGGACUUCGCCGUCAAGGAAACGGUGUUGGCCCUUAUUAAAUGAACGGGCCUCCUUUAGUGCUUUGGCGCCGGGAGGCAAAUGCCAAGGAAGAAGGAGAUAGUUGCCUGUUAUUCUUCCAGAUGAGCUUGCCUCCUGCUUGAGAAUAAUCCCCUCCCUUCCCACCACCACCACCACCACCACCACCAAAGUCAGCCGUACUGGCAACAGUGAGAAGUUUAGCCCGGGCACAUCGGCAGCGGCAACCAUCUUCGGAGUCAGCCGAGUGGCCCCUUAGCUGAAUGAAUAAAUAAAUAAAAGCUACAUCAGGCAGCGUGGACAGGCAAGAACCCCGCCUCCGCCCCCCAGGUUCAAGAGAUCAGCCCUGGGUCCCAUGUUCUGUGCUCCUCCGGUUUGGUUUUAUGAGUCAGAAAAGCAAAAACAACAAAAAUUCCUCUGUGUCCUGAGCCGGGGCCUGGUUCUCCUGAUGGAGGCUGAGUGUGGGGGCUGCCAAGUAGGAAGUGCCAAGGACUUUACAGUUGUGGGGCCCAAACCCAAGGCCUUCAAUCCUGCCUUCCUUUCUCCUUUCCUUCUUCCUUCCUCCCU